AUGGUCUUCCGUCGCAACGGGAGACGCCGUUGGAGUACUGGUCGAUCACGGCUCUCGGAAAUCAAGGCGGGUCCAAACGACCUACGAGUCCGUAGAGUCCUUUCUGAGGUAACGAGCGAACAGUAUGCACAGAAAAUCAGGCAGGAAAUGCAAGCUGAAAGAAAUGGAGGAGGUGGUGGGAUGGGUAGUUUGGCCGAUGAGUUGGAGAAGGUGAAGGUCCAACUUCCGCGGUCGAAAACCGCCUCCAGCUCCCGGGCGCUUAGUCAUCCAUACGGAGAUCGGCUCCCCAGCCUUGGUGCCCAGGAGGAGCCUCCCGAGGAAAUGGAGGCUUUUAGAUGGAAGGCUUAA